UCGAUCGUGGUUAGUUGAAUGCACAAGCCGUUGUGACGCGUGUUCUACCUACUGCUUAUAGUUGAGCUGCAUCUAUCGUUAUCGAAAGCAUUCGCUCGUUUGCGGGGGUGCGUAACAAGAUUCUCAAAAUCGCUUUUAAUUACCGAGAAGUAUCGCAGAUUGAUAACGUCAAAUGAAUUACUAUGCCGGUUGUGUUCGGCACUUUUGCCGAGGUUUUCAGCUUUGGUUCAAUAAUAAUUUCGCGUGACAUCAUUCCAGCUGUUCGAGGGCAGUAAGCGUAGAAGUCUCUUCGUCGCCGCAGUGAUAACAGUGAACCGAUAUCGAAUCGACACAUCGUCGUGUCCGGCGAGCGUGGGUGGUGUUUGAUUUCUGUCUUGCUCCGUUCGUAUCGUACCUAUUUCUGUAACAGCUUCUGUUUAUGGUUCAGUGAUAUGAUAGAUAUCUCUCGUUGUAGCGCAGAUUUAAAAAAGUGUUUUUUAUUUGCAGUGAUAUACAUCUAGCUGUAAUCGCUACUAUUCAUAGCGACUGACUAAGAUUUCCGUCGCGCACCGGUCACUACGAGUGGCCGUAACAUUCACCUUCGCAGAGCCAGCGCACGGCGCGCGCACGUCUAGUCAACUGUGAAUCGUGGUCCUAUCCAGACGUUCUGCACUGUCCGUCCGUCCGAGGAAAAAAACACAUCGUCUCCUAUAAUCUAGGAAAUUCACUAACCAGCGCGCUCUUCCCUUCCCAUCCGAGUGCCUGCGUGAGGUGUACCGGCCCCAGCGGGUUGCGCCACCUAUACUCCAGUUGUCUAUGACUCACGGCGGUGGCUGUGGAGGAAGAGCCUCGGAAACCGUCCGCAACAAAAAUAGGCGCAAACGGGCAGCAGUCGGUGGCAAACUUCAAAAACCAGACUGCUGCGAUGGUGCGACCGUUCAACACAUCGGCGGAGAACGGCGGCGAUCAGGCCGCCGCCGCCGUCGCCUCUGCUAAUGUGCCACGACCCACGGCACCCCCGCUAGUGCAAGUGAACGGGGAGGGUGAAGACGAGGCCACGGCGGAUCUCUACGUGGAUUUUUUGAUUCUGGGAAACAAGGAAAACUACAGCGUGCGCGCCGAGAAGAAACCGGUGCUGGACUCCAACACCCAGCUGGCGCACAUGAUCAACGGGGCUGUGACGUCGACGACCGUCGUGGACGGGAAGUACGUGGUGCGGGACGUGGACAAGGAUAAUUUCGAGAUUUUUGUCAGGUACCUCGAGACCAAGUUCAUCAAAUUCCACUCGCCAAGCCACAUGCUCCAGAUGCUAGAACUGGCCUCCCGGUUCAAGUGCCGCCAGCUGGAAAUUCACUGCGUCAAGGAGCUGGAUCUCAAUCUAACGAUCGACCACGUGCUGGAAGUGUUCCGCGCCCUGAGGUACUACAACUCGGUCAAACCGGUGAAUGCUGCCGCCGCCGUGGGCGGUCGUCAACAGAAGACGAAACGCCGCCAAAAGAAGAAGAACGAACAACCGGAGGGACCCGUCACACCGGAGGAAUACUUUGCCGCGCUGCUGAACAACUGCCUCCAGCUGGUCGACAUGCACGCAGAAGAUGUUCUCGCACAACAGGCAAUGCUCGCGUUGAGAUUCGAAGAGCUGGAGAUGAUUGCUCGGCGCGACGCCCUGCAGAUGUCCUCGGAAAUGGUCCUGCUGGAUGUGCUGGCCAAUUGGAGUCGCGAGGAAUGUUCGAGGAAGAAUCUCGAGCUGUCGGACGAUAAUCGACGCCGCGUGCUGGGUGCGUUAUGCUACGCGCCUCGGUAUCUCACCAUGACACGGAAGGAAUUUGAAGGAGUCAACGGUCUCAUCGAGCUGCUCGACCCGGCCGAGUCCAAACUGGUCGGAGAUUUGCUAAACGGGCGCAAAGUGACGAACCUGACGCCCGAACAGCAGACGAUGGUUGCCAGCUUCAAACAACAACGGCCACUGUUUGCCGGGAUGCCGAUUCAGCUGAGCGCCCGAAGCAAUCCGAAAAACUACCCGAAGAAGAUGCGCAAAGCGGCCGAGGAGGCCGAAAGUGGCGAAAAGCGAAGCUGCUGUGAAAGGCUCUUCCUGAACUGCAUGUCGGUACUAUCCUGUAUCUUCGACUAGCGAUUACUGAUCUAGGGAGGGAGUUAUGGGCCCAGGCAGGAGUAAUCUCAACGUAUUUGGGGGUAAGCUCUUAUAGUGGUAAGGCAGUUUUUUGUACGGUUUUACGGAUGGCAGAGGGGCGGCUACAAGCGGAGGUGACUUUAGUAAGGGUCACCAUUAACUCAAAGGAGGAAACUUUCGUUCAAAGUUCAGCUUAUUAUACCUCAUAAAACUCGUUUUUAAAUGCAAUUUAUGUGUUCGCUGGACACGCUACCCAUCUAUGAGUAUCGCCAUGUUUUACUUUUAGACCAAUCUAGAACAAAUAGGACCCAGGAGUGGACAAUUUUACUGAACUGUUAUUGAAAUUUCAUGGAAAGAUUAAUAUUUGUUAACUGUUACUAGUAAAUUUUAGAAUCCAGUCUGUAUCAAAUACAACGAUUCGUUUUCAGAAGAUUAUGUUGAAAUUACUAACUAUAAUUCGAAUUUUGUUUGUUGUCCAAAGUAUCUGUUGGUUUAUUUUUACAUUUUUUUUUCUAAAGAAUACGUACUAAGUUGUGAAACUUUCAAUUAUUGUUUUGAACAAUAUUAUCACAUUUUGGAGAAAUAGUGAAAAGAUAAGUGUAUUAGUCGAAAUUAUGAUUGAUAGCAGAAAUGUUGAAUGUUCUAGUCUAAUAAUUUUAUAUAAGAAAUCAAUGCAAAACAAACAUUGAAAUGGCUUAGCUUUCCUUCAGAUGUUCAAACAUAAACACACAAUAUAUACGAGCGCAACACUGUUUUCAGAAAUUAGUUGAAAAUUCUAUCGAAUCCAGUUGACAUUAUCCAGAUAUACAGAUUUUAUUACUCCAAUACGUACGGCUUAUGCAAAAGCCCCAUAGUAGCAAACACACAGCAGUAUCACACAGCGAAACAGAUCCCCACGUUAAGUUUGCUUUUUGAAAGCAGAGCACUCAAAUUUUACAGCAUAGCUAAAGAAGAGCAGAUAGUUUUAAAAAAGUGUUCAAGAGUGUAACCGGAGAAGACGAGCUGCGGAGAAUCAUUUAUGCCAUUUAUUGUGUAGGUAAUGUGCUUUAUGUUGUUGACGAAAGCAGACCAGACUAAUAUAAGAUUUUAAGAAGAAACAUAACCUUAUUACAUACAAACUACUACAUAAUCAAUCAUAAAAAAUUCUCGUUGCCAUAUUAUCCACUUUAUAUAAGAAGCAAAGUUUUAUGCGCGCUAAUAUGAUCGUUUAUUUCCUGAUUAAGUUGUUCGUUAGUGCUUAAGCAGUGCUAACAACAUGAAUGUAUUGUGAUUUCAAUGUUUAGUUUUUAAAUUAAGAAAAAGAAAAAAAUCGAUGAGUUAGGAUUGUGCAACUAUUAGUACCAAUGGAAUAGUAACUUUGCAUUAACAAUAUAGUUCAAUCGCUCUUUCCCAAUUCCAUCAGGCAAAUUGCUUGACUAGUUUUCAGGAGCCUCAUAGCCGUGCGGUUAGGGUCACCAAGCUUCUAAUCGCACCAUGCUGUGGGGUGAGGGUUCGAUUCCCGCUCCGAGCGAUGAAACUUUUCGCGAGAAUAGUUUCUUCUCCGUAUCCACUGGUGCAUGCUCCGUGUGUCCGUUGUCUAGUGUUAAGUUUCGUUCAGUCUGUACAGCCUCUGGCUGAAGACGGUGUCCGUGUCUUUUUAUGAGCUCUUCAAAUUGUUCUUGAAUCCAUGACCCAACGCUAUCCGAUAAACGUUGGCGAAUUGACAGUUUCAAAAUACUCGAUGAACUAUUUUGUUAAUACAAAAGUAACUGUGUUCAGGUGAAUAAUGCCAGUGUAUCAGAUUUAUUCAGUGCCAUAAUCUUCGAAACAACAAAAGAACGAUAACAGAAAUCCUGUGUGAAGUUGAACGACGCAGCACCGGUUUGGUAGUUGAUUAAACGUGUGAACAACUCUA